GGUAUGCCAUCCAAUCCCUGUUGUGUCGCACCAACCCUUUUCUGAUCAACACACAUAGAACGAAAAAACAAACAAUCCCACGAAAACAAGAUGGGCUUUCCACCCCCACCACCCCCGCCCAAUAGCAACCAGUUCAAGGCCCCGCCGCCACCUCCGGCCGCUGGUGGAUUCGCACCGCCGCCUCCGCCGGGUGGAUCCGGUUUUGCACCCCCUCCCCCGGGCGGUGGAGCGUUUGGGGCCCGCCCGCCUCCCCCCGGACCCCCCGGGGGCGGUGCCUUUGGAGCCCGUCCUCCUCCCCCGGGACCACCCGGCGGUGGUGGUUUCGCGCCCCCACCACCUGCUCCAGACGCUGGCGUGAAGCAGCUCAAUCAGGGAAUGGCGAAUAUGAGCUUCCAGCCUCCUCCGCCAGGGUGAGUAGAGACACCCAUUCGUUCAUUCGCGACGGGAAAACCUUUUUUUAAUCGACCGAACUUUUGGAUUGACUUGCACGUGUCGCGGAGAACAUCGGAAACUUGCUGUUGCCUAUGUUUGCUGAAUUCGUUGAGGAGAUGGACUGGCUCGUUUCUUUUGUCUCAUCUUUCUUUUUCUUCUUUCAUUUUAUUUUGAAUGGACCCUUCCAUGUACUUCACGAUGAAAUUCACCACYGUACAGCGGCGGCGCACCCCAGGCAACUCCGCCCGGAGCCGGAGCCUUUGGUGCCCCCAGGGGGCCCCCGCCGCCUGGCCAGUUCCAGCCCCCGGCCCCGGGAGGCUUUCGUGCCCCGGCUCCCCCCGGUGGACCGGGGGCACCGCCGCCACCUGCGCCGAUGAUGCAGCAACGCAGCCCGGCGCCCGGAGGCAUGCCCCCCGGAAUGCCACAGGGAAUGGCGCCCCAGCAAAACGUGUACCAGGAUAACAUCGACUUCAACAUUACCAUACCGGAUCGAUUCUUUCGCAUGACCUGCGACAAGGUACCCGCCACCAGCAACAUCGCUAUGCAAUCGAAGGUCCCCCUCGGUGGUGUCGUCCGUCCGCUGGCCCCAUGCGGCCCCGACGACGAUGAGAUCCCCACGAUACAACCCGGAACCGCCGGAAUCAUUCGGUGUAAACGCUGCCGUACCUACAUCAAUGCCUUUGUGAACUGGGUAGACCACGGCCGAAGCUGGAGAUGCAACAUUUGUGCACAGAUAAACAACACCCCGUCUGCCUACUUUUGCCACCUGGAUGACAAUGGCUUCCGAUCCGAUCGGUUCGAGCGCCCGGAACUCUCCCAGGGCAUCGUUGAAUUUAUUGCCCCGCAGGAGUACAUGGUGCGACCCCCGCAGGAACCCACCUAUUUUUUCGUCAUCGAUGUCAGCGCGCAGGCCAUUCAUAGCGGGAUGCUAGAGUGUGCAGUCAACGCUAUCAAGCGCAGUCUAGACGAUCUCCCUGGUGGAAAGCGGACAAAGAUUGGUUUCAUCACCUUUGACAACUCGGUUCACUACUUCAAUUUGGCACCUGAUCUAGCGCAGCCCCAAAUGCUGGUGAUUUCGUCUCUGAAGGAGCUCUUUGUCCCCCUUCCCGACAAUCUAUUGGUGAACCUACGAGAGUCUCGCCACGUAGUUGAUUCGUUCUUGGACAGCCUUCCGGAAAUGUUCGUCAAGAACCCCGUACCAGCGCAAUCCUGUUUGGGCCCAGCACUUAAGGCCGCAUUUACCGUCAUGAAACCCGUCGGUGGUAAAAUGCUGGUGUUUCAAUCGAUUCAACCGAACAUGGGGGACGGAGCUCUAAAACCCAGAGAAAAUCCCUCCGUGAUGGGAACGAACAAAGAGGUCGGCUUGUUGCGAAGGGACAACGAAUGGUACCAGGUAACUGCCGUCGAAUUCAGCCGCCAACAAAUCAGUGUUGAUAUGUUCUUGUUCCCUUAUUCCUACAUCGACAUUGCAUCUUUGGGAGAACUGCCAAAGUAUUCAUCGGGAUCUCUUCAUUCUUAUGUCAUGUUCGACAGAGACAAGGACGGCCCGCGGUUUGAAGAGCAAUUGCACAAGACGCUCGUGACAGAAACUGCCUUCGAGGCGGUGAUGAGGACCCGGGUGACAAAGGGAAUGAAGAUUUCAAACUACUACGGAAACUUCAAUAUUCGUGGAUCAGAUUUGAUGGCGCUUCCAAACGUAAAUUCUGAUUCUGUCUUUGGCUUCKAUCUUGCUCAUGAUGGAGAAAAUCUUGCAAGCAGCUACGUUACCAUACAGUCUGCCCUUCUGUUUACCAAUGGUGAUGGUCAGAGGCGAAUUCGGGUCAUGACACAGGCAUUCCCUACCACCACGGUAACCUCGGAGUUGGUCAGUGGAGUUGAUCCUUUCGCCACUUUCAAUCUCCUGGCAAAACAAGCCAUUGAUGUCAGUUUGAAGACGUCACUCGACAACGCGCGAAUGCGAUUGCAACAAACGUGUGUGGAUUUGAUUCGAUCCGCAAAGGGUGGUGGUGUUCGAACGGUAUCAGGCUACGCUGUACCUCAGGCGCCGCAAUCUGGUGAGAGCGAAGACGAUUCUCUACCACCUUCGUUGGAACUGUUUCCUCUCUACACCCUGGCCUUGAUGAAGAAUGUCGCAUUCCGAGGAGGUACUGAUGUGCACCCGGACGAGCGGUUACAGGCAUUCUUUAACAUCAAUCAAAUGUGGUUGAACAAAUCCAGGGCAUAUGUCUAUCCAUCUCUCUUCUCGCUUCAUGAUAUGGAACCAAAUGCUGGCUACCCAUCCGAAAGGGAUACAGAUGACGCCGUCGAUGAUUCCUUCGCUGGCCGCAAUCGUGUGCUACUACCCAGUGCACUUCCUUUGACGAUCGACUCGCUGUCUAGUGAUGGUAUCUAUCUUGUAGAUAACGGAGUCGAAUUCUAUUUGUGGAUCGGUAGAGAAACCGAUCCAAACUAUGUCAAUGAAUUGUUUGGUGUUCC